UCAUUAAAGUUCAAACAGGAGCUUAAUCAGACGAUCAUACUUUCGAGUCUAUAGUUUAGAUCCUGACAGACUGAAAACAUGAUUGUGAAAUACUUCCUCUUGGUCUUGACUUUCAUAACCACUUUUGUUAUUUUGGUUCAUUCCCAGUCGCCACAUGUUAGUCUAUCAUCGUACCAAUAUGACCCCAAUUCGAUUCCCCAAAACGAAAAAAUCCUGCAACUAUUUCUUCGACUUGCGUCACACACGGCUGGUAAAUUACAUCUCUUAAAGCACAAGACUCUCGAACAGCAAUUACACGAUUUAAAGGAAAAUGAGAAAAUUGCUAAAACAUCACAGUCUGAUCUGAAUAUUAAGAACAUGAUUGAAACAUUUCUACGCUUGUCCUCCGCAUCCAUCUCACCUACACAAAACCCUCUCUCACCAAAUUUGUAUCAGCCACAAAAUCCAGUUGCUCAAAAUAAUUUGCAAAGUACCGAAAUUAAAUCUGCCUCAGAGGAAAUAAGCACAGAUUCUAAAGAGAUUCCGGAAGCUUCUGGAAAUUCCUUGGAAGUCCAAAGUCGUAUAAUGGUUGAUUAUGAUAAAGAUUACAAAGCUUCAAAUCCAAGACGUCAAAAUAUUCUAAAUUUUGGUUCAAUUUCACCAAGAAUAAAUCUAGGUACUGAUUCAGAAUCUCUUAAUAAAAAUGGUUCUAAUUCGAGCAAUGGAGAAUCAUCAAAUAACCAGCAAAAUUCUAAUCAAAAUUCGUCAGGAAAAAAUCAGGUGGGCCAAGAUCCAGGGUCAAUAUUUACUACGUUUAAUCCUGCUAAAUUAGCAAACGUAAAUCCAAUGAACAUGGUAAGCAAUGUUCCAGUAAUUGGAUCUGGGCUUGCUGGGCAUGUUAAUACGGCUCAGGAAACUUUUUCCAAAUUCGGAUCUUUUGUACCUCAGCUUAGGGCUUUGCCAGACAUAGAAAAUGACAUAAAUUCUCCAGUACCAGAAAACUUAGUGGAAGAAAAUCAAACAAAUGGUAAUUUUUCUCAGAAUCCAACCACAAAUAGAAAUAUUUACUCCAGUCCAGAUAAUAUAUUUGUUACUGAAGAGGCUUUUUCUAUGGAUCAAAAUAAAACAAAUAAUACGGAAGGUGUAACUGCCGAAUCUACUCUGAUAUUUGACACUGAAACGACUACUAAUAGUAACCAUUUAGACGAGGUACGUCCUGAUGGAAAAAAAUCUAAUCUAUCAGAGCAAAAUUCCGCAGAAAAAAAUUCUCUGAAAGAAGAAAUCCAAAGAGUUGAUGAAAUCGAAGGUAACAUCCAAAAAGAGAAGAACGUCGAAGACUUGGAUUUCCCUAAAGAGAGUUUAAAACAAAAUUCUGAAGAAAAAAGUCCUCUGAAGAAAGAAAUACAAAGAGUUGACAAUAUUAAUAAUAAAAUUAACAGUAACAUCGAAAAAGAGGAGAAAUUCGAAGAGAAGAAAAUGCCUGAAAAGAGUUUUAAAGAAAAUUCUGCAGAAACAAAUCCUCUGAAGGAAGAAAUCCAAAGAAUUGACGAAAUUAAUAAUAAAAUCACAGGUAAAAUCGAAAAAGAAGAGAAAAUCAAAGAGUUGCAAUUGCCUAAAGAGAGUUUAAAACAAAAUUCUGCAGAAAAAAAUCCUCUAAAGGAAGAAAAUCAAAGAGUUGACAGAAUUAAUAAUAAAAUCAAAGGCAAAAUCGAAAAAGAGCAGAAAGUCAAGGAGUUGAAAUUUCCUAAAGAGAUUUUAGAAGAAAAUUCUGCAGAAAGAAAUCCUCUGAAGAAAGAAAAACAAAGAAUUGACAGAAUUAAUAAUAAAAUCAAAGGUGAAAUCGAAAAAGAGGAAAAAGUCGAUGAGUUGGAACUGCCUAAAGAUAGGUUAAAACAAAAUUAUGCAGUAACAAAUCCUCUUUGGCAACAAAUCCAAAGACUUAGCAAAAUGAAUAAUGCAAUCAAAGGUAAAAUCGAAAAAGAUGAGAAAGUCGACGAGUUAGAAUUGCCUAAAGAGAAUUUAAAACCGAAUAAGGAAAAUAAUUACAUUCCUGACUAUCAAGAUAUGCAAUUAAAAAUAUUGACUAUUCAGUUGAUGAAGGAAUUACGGGAUAUGCAGAAUAAAAUAGAUCAUAGAGCUAAACGUAAAGAAUUAUACAGUUCCUCAGACUUUAGAUCCUAAUUCUAAAUCAAAAAAUUAUUAAUCCUCUUUUUCCACUUAAGGAUUCAAUUGCCAGAUCAGAGGAAUUGGUGCAGAAAAUACACAUCCGAAAUGUAAAGGCACAAUCAAUGUUAGGAGAAAAUAUUUAUGAUCAUGAUGCGCAAAUUAGGGAUACCUAAUUACGUUCAAUGUUUAAUAAUAAUCUACAACGUCAAAUGAUUUUCUAGGAAUAUCUAGAAAUAAAUGAUGGACAUAUUAUACAUGAGUAAAAAUUCUCUUCUUUUAAGAAUAGUUGUAAAUAUUAUAUAGACUGGAAACAUCUGUGAAUGGUCAAAGAAAUUAAUAACAAUAAAUUUCAUCCAGAUAUGACAAGAAGUAAUAUUUCCUCAAAUAUAUCAGUUCUUGAUUUUCUGACAAUAAGACUUUUUCAGUGGGUCCAUAAUUAAAUUUAUGAAAAAAAUUUAUUUUAAUAAAGAUGCGCCCUUAUUAUACUUUCAUAAAAAAGAUUAUUUUUUUGCAAUGGAUAUGUAUAUAAACAAAAAUUCGGCUAUAUGUAUCGAAAUGUCGGUACACGUAGUCACGGCCUUGAAAUAAACUUAAAAAAAAUA